AUGGCCCUGUCUUACGCCCCACCUCGGUUCCAGCCGGGCCUGCACGCACCUCACCUCUGCGGCCCAUACCGGCCCGUGGAUGUGCCAAAAACCAAGACCCAGGAGGCUCCGCACUUGCAAGUGUACUGCGACCUGGAUGGCGUGCUGGCAGACUUCAACAAGGGUUGCCUUGCCCUCUUCCCCGAGGGUGGGCCAAUUGCCGACAAAAUUCCGACCCACACCGUCACGAAGCUCACUUGGGAGGAGGAGAGUGAGAUGUGGCGGCGCAUUGAGGGAAAGACGGACUUCUUCCUCUCGCUUGACUGGACCUCUGAUGGAGAGGAGCUUUGGAGGUGGAUCGACUGGAACAUCGUCCCCACGCCCGCAGUUCUCACAGGCCUCCCUAUGGGCCGAGCCGGGCAGAUGGCGGCGAAGCAGAAGGAGCUGUGGUGCCAGGAGAAGCUGGGGUCUGAGGUGCCGGUCUACUGCUGUGGCACUCGGAACAAGCAGAAGUUCAGUGGCCAGGGCUGCGUGCUGAUCGACGACCGCGGGGACCUGCGGGAGGCCUGGGAGGCCCGUGGUGGCAUCUUCGUCCACCACACCUCGGCUGCAGAGAGCAUCCGGCAGCUCAGGGAGAUUCUGAAGUCUUCGCACCUCCAAGGACUCCAAGGACUCCAAGGACUCCAAGGACUCCAAGGACUCCAGGGGGGCCGCAAGGAGGGCGGUCAGGUUCAGCAGUCCGUCCCCCUGCAGAUGACCAGCGUUUGCUGGGCAGCGCAGACACCGGCAGGCUGUUUCAAGCCCAAGUGCCGCUACCUGCAUGUGCCCAUCUCGCGUCGACACCGCUCCUGGAUUCAACUCUGGGGGUUUGUGUGGUGGCAUCAGAGGAUGUUUGACGACCUUCUUAGCUUUGUGGACUGCGUUCGCUCCGUCUACUCUCCAAAGCACCAGGCAGCUUUCCAGGCAGACAGGGACAUGGACGAACAGUCCCAGGGUGCCUUCCGGUCAAUGCUGGAGACCCUGCGCGAGAGCUGCGAGCUGGGGCUUCCUCUUGAUUUCCUGCGCACGACGGACGAGCCGCCGCCUCCCUCGCCGCUUCCCCCAUUGCCGCGCCAAGUGCGUGACGUGCUGGCGCAGGUCACAACCCUGGUUCAGACCCUGGCAGUACUCGGCCCUGACCCGAGGGUGGUGGUGGCCGGUAGCAUGGGCCUGGGUGCGGACGUCGGAGGGUCCGACCUGGAUUUGGUGCUCUGCUGCGACGUGGAGGUGAAUCCCAAAACGGCUCUGGCUGCCGUUACGGAAGCCUUGGUCAAGGCCGAUAAGGCCGUCGACGUGCUCUUGCUGGAGCAGGUAGCUGUUCCGCUGCUCUCCUUUCGACUGGCAGGCCUCUCCGUCGACUUGACGCUGAAUCAGAUGUCCUCCGUCCGCGACAUACUACUGUUUCGCUACGCUCUGCGAACUGCUGGGCCUGAACUCUCCGCCAUGCUUCGCCUUGUCAAGAUGUGGCUGAAGGCUCGGCACAUCCCAGGCACGAAGCAGGGUGGGUUUCCCACCGUUGUGUGGCUACGGAUGGCCAUCCGCUUCUACCAGGAGUCAAAAGGCAGCUCUAGGGCACGGCGAGUGGCCCGAGAUUGGCUCCGGCGCUUCAUGGUCUGGGCCUGGCAGGGGCUGCCGACUGGGGGAUCGCCUUUGGCGCUCUACGGCGAGCAGGAAUACUACUCGGGCCGGCUGGCAGCCGGCGUGCGCGCAGGAACGCUGCUCCUGUUUGUGUGUGAGAUGGUGUCGUUCUUGGAGAAGUCGCCUGCGCCCAGCGUUGUGGGAGAGGACUUUGACCAAGCCUCGGAGCACAUUCAUCUUUGCGAAGCAGGCUCCUGGAGCAAGGGCUGGGCCCUUUUUUUCGUGAAGCGCCCCGCCGCCGAAGGAAAUGUGGCCGCCCGCCAGGUCCUCCUGUGCCGCGUCUACGGCGUGUUUGGCGGUCGCCAGGCAUGCCUUUCGUGUGAGCGGCCGGCAUUGGCGGGUAAUACUGUGGACCUGCUGCUGUCCGCUGCGUUUCGCUCGAAUUGGACCUUUUUGCUCGUUGCAACCACCCAGGCGCAAGGCGCAGGGGUGAAGUUCAUCAGCCGACGCCAGCUUUCAAUGCCCGGCCUGGCCACAGUAGAGUCGGAGUGGCGGUUGCAGCGGAGGAUAGGAACGAACCACUUCCAAGCCCUGAAAGGCGAGGUCUUGCUCGGCCUUGGGGGUGUCGCGGCUGCCCCUGCGGCUGUGGCGGUUGCCAAGUCGCCUUCUGAGCUGGCGAGGAAAACCGAAGUCUUUGCCGGCGAAGUCAUGAAGAGCCCACUGGACACACGGAGCUACCGAGCCCUGACUCUGGGCAACGGCAUGAGGGUCUUGCUCGCAUCUGACCCAGAUGCGGUCACGGCAUCGAGCGCGCUGUCCGUCCAUGUUGGCUUCUACUCGGAUCCAGAGGAGAUCCCCGGCCUUGCGCACUUCUGCGAGCACAUGCUCUUUCUGGGUACCAAAGAGUACCCUGAGGAGAACUCCUUCGAACGCUUCCUGGUGGCGAACUCGGGAAACCAGAAUGCUUUCACAUCAGAGACAAGUACAACCUACUUCUUUGAAGUUUCGCCUGGUGCCUUGCGCGAGUCCCUGCAGCGCUUCGCCUCCUUCUUCAGGGAGCCGCUGUUCACGGCCUCCGCCACGGAGAGGGAGGUGAACGCCAUCGACUCGGAGUUUGCAAAGAAUCAGGAGAACGAUGGGUUCCGGUUCCAACAGCUGCUGAAGAGCACGGCGGCCGCAGGCCACCCUGAGCAGCAUUUCGGCUGCGGCGGCCGCAAGACGCUGCUGGGGGGCCGAGGUCCCGAAGAGCUCCGCGAGGCCCUGAAGCAGUACUUCCAGGCAUACGACCCCGAAGCGAUGUCUCUCUGCAUCGUCGGGAAGGAGCCCUUGGACGUGCUUCAGGCCUCGAUGGAGGACUGCUUCGGGUCCAUCCCCAGACGCACCUUUGCAGGGCGGCCCUGGCAGGCGUUGGAUCCCUACCCCCCGCGGCUGGUGCAAGACGUGCCGGUGCUCAUCGAAGCGGUUCCCGUGUCCGAAGCUCGCUCUGUAUCCGUGCAGUGGACGAUCACGUACCCGGACCGAAAAGCACGGGAGGAGUUCCUCACGGCGAAGCCAGCUGACUACGUGGGCCAGAUCCUGGGCCAUGAGGGCCCGGGCUCGCUCCAGAGCCUCCUAAAGAAUCGGGGCUGGGUCAACAAGACCUUGGCUGGGCUGGUCUUCGACCAGGACGACUUCUCCAUCUUCAAGGUGGGCUUCGAUGUCUCGGAGGAAGGCCUUCGGCAGAAGGAGGCCAUCUUUGGAGCGGUCUUCAGCAUACUUCGGCAAAUGCAGGAGCGAAGCCUUAACGCGGUGCCCGACUACUCCAUCCAGGAGACCCGAGACCUCGCUGAGCUGCGCUGGCGCUUUGCCGAGAAGCCGAGGAGUCAGCAGGCGGCGCUGGAGGCAGUGGAGUCGAUGGAGGACCGGCUCUCGCCUGCCACGUAUCUCAGCAACCGCGUCCUCCUCUUUGACCCACCGGAGGACGGGCCGAAUCAAGGCAGCCUGAAGCGCGCCAUCCUGGGUCUCAUCCAACAGCUCACGCCGGAGCGGGGGCGCUACGCGACCUUCGCCCGGGAGAACGCUGCGCGGGCGAAGAAGGCGGAGAAGUGGUAUGGCUCCAAGUAUGCGGAAACAGCGUUGCCAAAGUCGACUUUCGCAGGCUGGUCCACCCGCCCGGUGGGGGAGCUGCUGGAGGGCUGGUGCUACCCGAGGCCGAAUCCCUUCAUACCCAAGGACUUCUCCCUCGCCUGGCCAAAGGCUCCGUCGUCUGAAAAGGCGGCUGCUGCGUCCAGGCCACCCGAGCUGCUCCGCAAGGAUGACCGGUGGCGGGUCUUCUUCAAGGCGGACCAAGCCUUCGGCGUGCCUAAGGCCACGGUCAUCCUGCAGUUCUGGUUUCCAGAUGCCGACCACACCUCCCCUUCAGCUCCUGCCUCGGCGGUGGACACGCCUGAGGGCCGCAUCGUUGCUCGUGUCUGGCAGCUGUCCUUGGCCGACCGCCUCACCGAGGAGUACUAUGAUGCCCAGCUCGCUGGCCUUGUUGCUGGCUGCGGGUCGACCUCCGUUGGCCUGAAUGUCAGCUUCAGCGGCUACAGCGACAAGCUGCCUGUCUUCGUGGAGGAGGUCCUUGCGAAAAUCCGGGACUUCGAUGGACCCACCGAGCGCGAGUUUGAGCGGGCGCUCGAUACCCUCAGGAGAGAGCAGGCUUCUUUUGAUGUCCAGCAGCCGUUUGCGCAUGCAGCCUACUUCUCCCGCCUGGCGACCUUCUUCCCAGAGUAUCGCAUCGAGGACUUGCGGAUAGCCACGCGCAAGGUGACCCGGUCGGCCGUCCGGGACUUCUCUGCGCUGCUUCGCAGCGGAGACCAGGGCUUCUUCGGGCAGGCGCUGAUCCACGGCAACUUGCGGCCGCAGGCUGCAAAGGACGUGCUCGCCGCGCUGGACCUCCUGCCCUUCCGAGGCGCAUCGGCGCCAACGUCCUCGAAGUCCGAGUUGCUCCGCUCUCGCUGUGUAUGCCUGGAUCCAGGGCAGGAAUGUCUGCAAGUUCAGCCGGAGCCCGAUGCGGACAACAUCAACCACGGGCUGGUCUCCGUGUUCUGGACGGGCAACGAGCCCAUCGAUGGCUUGCGCACGCAGUUGUUGGAGCGGAUCCUCAAGUCCCCCUUCUUCACGAGCCUGCGCACGCAGCAGCAACUGGGCUACAUCGUUCAGUCUCAGUUCGACCGUGUUGGCAACAUUGCCCGGCUUGUGCUUGUGAUUCAGAGCAGUGUUCAGGCCCCACCCGGGCUGCUGUCGGCUGUCGAUCGCUUUCUCGAAGGCUUUCGACCCCAGCUGGAAGCUCUCACCGACAGCCAGCUGCAGCCUUUCAAGGCUUCGAUUCGCGAGGAGCUCCUGCGCCCAGACCAGCGCCUGGGCUCCGAAACCGGCCGGUGGUUCGGCGAGAUAGCAGGAUAUCAGUACUCCUGGCGUCGUCGAGAAGAGGAGGCUGAGAUGGUUUCCAGCAUCUCAAAGGAAGACUUGCUCAAGGUGUUUGAUGAGAGGAUUGCCGCCGGUGGGCCGCUUCGGAGGCGCGUGACCACAGGGGUCUUCGCUGCAUCUCCCCAGCGUGAGAAGGCCAUGGCUGAAAUGAAGGAGGCUGCGCGGGCUAAGAAUAUUCUCGUCAUCGAGGACCCGUUGCGUUUCGGCCGAGAGGCGGCCAAAUGGCCGCUCCGUGACCGAGACCUGGAGAUGAAGGUGUCGCAGACCAUUGCUGGCCAUAGCUGUGAGGGGCACAGGGAGGCCUACUACAGCCAUGACUGGCUGAUCCUGGCAGUGCCGGAAGAUCCUCGGAAACUGCGCGUCAAGGUCGCGCUGCAAAACGGCGGGGUGCUGAAGAAGAAGGCUCCUGACAGUUUCACGACCGAUGAGCAGACAAGCUGGGGAUCCGAGACCCUCCUCCUCCGUCCGGGACACCUCAUCAGGAGGCUGCAUCCGAACGAGGAUCCCCUCAGAGCCUUCGAGCUUGCCCAGCGCGCUGCAGAUGGCGCAGCUUGGCUGCCCGAUCCAGAGGAGAUGGUCCCGCAAAUUCCCCGCGGGCUUCUCCUGCUGGCCCGUCUUCAAUGCCUGGAUCAUCCGUCUGCCGUGAGCAUGCCGGCUCUCCUGGAAGUUGAAGAGGUCUGUCGGCGUUGCCCAUGGAUGCAAGCAGCAGAGGAGGAUGGGAGCGAUGAGGAGAAAGUUCUGGUGGACGACCGCCUCCUUCCCUUGCCCGCACCGGAGCCUCGCCAGAUCGAAGUGUGUCUUCGGAAGAUAGGUCCGGACGACCUGCUGGGCUUCAGUGUUGAGGCGGAUGCCAGCCGGCCUGGCUGCCUGCAGAUUGUGUCCAUCUCCGAGAAGGGCCUCCUGGGCCGUCGAAACGCGGCCGUGGCGCCCGCGGAGCGCGCCUUAGAAGGUUCCUGGGUCAUUGACGUGAACGGCGUAGUGGACAACCUGGAAGCCAUGCGGUGCGAGCUGGAGGCUCCAACCAUCUUGCUGGUCGUCCUCGUGCCGCCGCAGGAGGAGGCGGACGAGUUCGGCCGGAGGAAGCCCAACCGACCUGCCGUGAUCCCGCACGCCAACGUCAAGGGGGAAGUUCCACUGUGUCGAUGUAACGGCUACUGCAAGUGUGGUCUUGCCGAUGCCCUGGGGCGGGCACGCGAAGAGCAGGGGAAGUGGAGUGUGGCCCAGCCGGCACUGCGCAUCAGCAACUUGCACCCAGAUGUGACGGAAGAGAUGCUUUACAGCUUGUUUUCAGAGCUGGCGCCCGUAGCCACCCUGCGUGUGGUGCGCGACACCAAAACCUUGGAGUCUGAGCUGCACGGCUUUGUAAACUUCCACACCUUCAACGAUGCGCAGAAGGUGCUGGAAGCCUUGGACGGCAGGCCGUUGCACGGACGCCGAUGUUUUCUCAGCUGGUCCUCGAGAGCCAGGCGCGAGGAAGCAGAACCUUGGCUGCCACCACCUGCUCCAAGCGACAGUGUCGGAGGCUCCCGGCGGAUCCAGUCGCAACAGCUGCCGCUGGCCCCGGGCAACGUCGAGAGGGAAGAAGGCCCUGAACGUGUCGGGCGCGGCAGGCCGAAGGUCAUCUGA